GUUCACCAACACAAAAUGAGCAUGCAACUUGAACUGAAGAAUGUGAAUCUGAGAGCUGGAGAUCAGCUGAAAGUAAAGGGGGUAAUUCUGCAUGAUGCUGAGAGAUUUCAGAUCGACCUCGGCUGGGAUGCAGACGACCUGGCGCUGCACUUUAACCCCCGUUUCCAUGACGACACUGACGGAGCUGUACUCGUUUGCAACUCAAAGACUGCUGGUUGUUGGGGCGACGAGAAACGGGAACUACACAACCCCCUCCAGAGGGGCACAGAUGUCAAGAUUGUGUUGAAGCUGGCUGAAGACGUGUUUGAAGUGGAGCUUCCUGAUGGACAGGAAGUCCAGUUUCCCAACCGUGAUGGCAUGGACGCCAUCAGCUACAUCAAAAUCGCAGGAGACUUCAAACUGACUUCCUUCAAGAUCUGCUAAGAGACACAACUGCUGUAAUUCUGUGUUUAUCGGUUUGGUUAAAGACGAGACUUUGAGACUCGGUCAGUUGUCCUGUUGUGCGCAAGAAUAUAAAAUGUUUAAAUUCAA